AUGGGUAUCAAGACCACCUCAAACAAGUGUCUGUACGGCAUCGUACUGCUGAGUGUUGUCGCUGUCGUUGCACAAGUCAAUGUCCUUGCAGUAUCUGUCAACGCGACAGUGAACGCCGAUAUUGGCUCUCCGAAUUCGAACCCGGACAAGAGCUUUCAAGCUAUUCGACGUCUGAGAACUGUCACGACAGACGACCGAGGACUUGGCACGAGUUCCUCUACAAUCGCGGAACUGGUUACGCAAUUGAAAUCGAGCAGCGCAAAAGCCACCAAGAAAUUCCUCGAGCAGAUCAAAGGUACCAGUGCAGAGGCAGCACUUCUUCAAACCGACCACUUCAUAGCGUGGUCAACCUCUCUAUCAAAAUCUGCGAAGAAGAAGCUUGAAGUAGCGGAAGUGGCAAUGGUGUCGUCACUGGCGGCUCACUACGGAGACGUCGCUGUUGCGAAGAUGCUAACUGAGGCGAAGAAAACUUCGCAUGCUACGGCAACGACGUUUAUCAACGCUCAGCUUACGAAUUGGCACAUCAAAGAACAAAGUGCAGACGACGUUUUCAAGCUACUGAGACUUCAUGAGAAAGGAGAAAAACUAUUCGAAGACUCGCUCGUGAGCACUUGGAUACUGUACGUAACAAAACUCAACAAAGAUAAGGCGUCUGAAUUGAUGUUCAAGUCAUUGAAGACUCAUUACAGCGACGAAGUUCUGGCUAAGCUAAUAGUAGCGGCAAGAAGCGAUUACAAGUUCAGACAGUAUGCUGUGAAAUGGCAAGAUCUUCAGCUGGUUAAUUGGCUGAAUAGUGGCCAAACCAGUGAUGAUGUUUUCAAAUUGCUGAAGCUGAACGUGGAUGAGAGCAGUGUUUUGACAAAUCCGGCGUUGAACAGUUGGGUCAGAUUCACCCUUAAGCUGGAAAAAGAAGACCCGUACGAGAAACUGUUUGCAAAAUUGACAACCCAAUACGAUGACGCGAGCCUGGCUAAGUUACUUAUUGAAGCGAAGGGGAACGCUCAGAAUGGCUUUACCGCUGGGAAACUGGAGGCUUUGCAGUUUGUCACUUGGAAGAGCAAGGGAAAAAGUGCGGAAGUUAUGUUUAAAUCGCUCAAAUUGGACCAAGAGGGAAGUGAUCUCUUGAAAAACCCGAUUUUCAAUACCUGGAUUUCUUACGUGGAUAAUUCGGACGCGGUUACAGCGGUACUGAGAAAGCGUUUCGAGGAUGAUGUUCUGGCCAAGAUGGCCAUUGCAGCAAAGAAUGAAGGCAGCACAAGAUCAACUGGCACCACACUGGAGAACGCACUCCUUACAAGUUGGGUGUCGGAGGGGAAAACAGCGGAUGAUGUCUUCGAGCUUGUACAACUGAGCAAGGCAGGGGAUGAGAUUUUCACGAGUUUGGCAUGGAACACAUGGACUUCCUAUAUAAGGAAACUUGACAAGGAAAACCCCGACGAGCAAAUGUAUUUGGUACUGAAAAACCACUUUGGCGACGACGGUGUGGUGAGUAUGAUUGUUAAGGCAAAGGAAAGUCCACGAUCGAAGCAAAUCGCAGCCAAAUUACAAGAGGAAGUUUGGCGUGCUGAAGGAAAAACCUCGGACGAUAUUUUCAGACUCUUAAAGCUGAACGAAGAGAGCUACAAAUUGCUUGAGAACCCAGCGUUAAGCACGUGGGUCUCGUAUGUGACUAAGCUGGGAAAACUUGAUCAGUCGAAACCAGGUGAACUUCGAGUCAUCAUGGAACUGGAGAAGAGAUACACGAGCAUGGAGUUGGCGAGAAUGAUCGUUGCUGCAAUGAAGAAUGGUACCGGCGAGAUGAAAACACUGGCCAGUGAUUUGCAGGAACUGCUAUUCAAGCACUGGUUGGCUAAGAAACUGAAUCCACAAUUUGUCGUUGCUCUGAUGGGAACAACCGACGACUGGCAGAACCUGAAGGUUAUUCUCAACUACACUGAUUUUUACAGGAAAAUCGAAGCAGCAUAG